UUCUUUGAUGUCUAUAAAAAGAGAUAAUUGAGCACUUGAAUGCACAGAAAACCGUGAUGUGAUGUAGAGGACAACACGAAGGCAUGACGAACGUGAUGGUUGGGGGGAGGGGAUGGAGGAACUGACUGAAAGUAUUGCAUGUGAAUGCCUUCGAAAUUUCUGCAGUGGGCAAAGUCACGUGAUCAGGCAAGUAGUGACCGACACCAGCUGCACGAGUGACCAUGAGUGGGUCAGAGGUCAGGAGGGCAAGGUGUGAGUCAUGAGUGACCAUGGGUCCAGCCGGUUCUCGCUGGUCGGUCCGCCUCUUUAAAAUGAUCGGAGUCAACUUAUCUCCGUCCACUUUUACCGGCUUACUCGAGAGUGAUCACUUGUCUAUGGCCGCAUACGCGACUGCUACCCAGAUACUGGCAAAGCUAAUGUCGGAUAAUCGUAGUCUGGCAACAUACAAGUCGGUUAACAAAAGGCUAGAAACGACAAACCGUUGACUGCACGAGGACUGGCAACAUUAAAAAAUAAAUAAAUAACACGUUGCCCGUUCGGUCAAUCUGCUUUUUUUUCCCCCCCUACCGGGAACCAAGAUCGUUGCAUCUUCGCACCGGUUUGUCAUUCUGGGACACAGUUUCCGAAGACACAAUGCCAAAGACCCUGAAAUGCAUACUUGCUGGUCUGUGCAAACUGUGGACUAAAGUUAAACACAGGUUGGUGGAGCGACCGGCCAUGUGUUACGGCGACUGCGACAACCCGAAGUACAAAGCAACUCUACUGCAAUGCCGCACCAGGAGACUUGAAGCCCAACGAGCUAGGGAAAUGCGAGCCAAAGAUGUGGCGAAGAUGAAACGAAAGGACCCCAACGUCGUGCCGAUUGUGCUGCAGCCCCAUGAGCUGAGUCGCAGUCGGGUGGAGGGCAACAGUCUGCGGCUGUUGUUGAAGAAGGACGUCACGCUAUGGCAGCUGACCAAGAUGGUCAGAAGGAGGCUAAGCGUCCCCACCAAGAGAAGUCUCUAUUUGUUCACCAACGAGGAAAGCAUCACUGCCAUGGGCACUGCCUGUUUGACGACAAAGAUUGGGAAUCUCUACAACCCAGACAGUUGUUCAGACGGCUUUCUACAGGUCUUCUUCCAUUGGCAAUGACCUCAACGAGGUUUGUUACAUAUCUGUGACACUCCGAUGCUGUAGCCAUCACCAGUAUCUUUCACCUCUCAAGAAAGAGAAAAUACAAAUGGCAUAAAGUGAAUAUUGAUAAACUCUAGUCAUGUCCAGAUAUUCAAAGAACGGACUUUGCUUCACAUUGUGCCGUGCUCAAGAGAAGGUCCGGACAGGGUCGUGACCUCACCAAAGGUUCAGCUGUUGAUCGUUUUUACAUUGUCGUUUUCCGUAUUUGUUAAUUAUUUUAAUUUUGAGAUCUUGUUCUAAAAAAUCUUUUUCCUGUACUAAGGCUGUUGAUUAUUGUGCAAAAAACAAACCCACAAAACAAUGUUUAUGCAUUCACUUGAACGUGCACAUGUGUGCGUGUGUGGAAACUGAAUAAGAGAAGAAAGAGUGAGUAUAAUUAAGAAGAGAUUGUGACGGAUGGCUCGUCCUUGGAGAAAAUGGAAACGCAAAAAAGUGAAUGGCGUGAUGCUAUUGUUUACUCGGACUUAUGCAAACACAAAUAAAAUGAACAUUAAAUCAG